AUAAAUUUGAUUAAAUAACAAAUACCAUGAACCUCACCCCGCAAAGAGGUGAUUGGAGGGACGGCUCCUUUAAGAGCAGCUCGUUGCCUUGGCGAUGGGCUCCGAGCAACGAGACUCGAGCUGAGCUGGGGAAGCCACGGCUAAUUCGCGGACCAUUCACUCCCUUGUCUGCUUCCUUCCCCGACUGCCCCGGUGGUGGAUGCACGACAGCCCCAAGAGGGGCUGGCAAAUGACCAUUUUAGGAGCCUUGGUAAGAGGCAAGGAUGCCAGCGGUUCGGCCCUGCACCUACAACCACCCAGGUGUCUGCUAAGUGCUGAGCGCCCGCUGCUGAGUCUUGCCGCCCCAGAAACAAGUCAUCCGGGGACAGUUUGUCCUGUUCUCUGUGCGUUUUCAAGAGGGUGCCCCAGGUUGGAGGACACCAAGCUAGAAGAAUUUGACGUUUUAUUCUUCUGCGAGUAAGGGCCUUUCACCUCUGGCCUCUCCGAGACCUAGAUGAACACAUCAAACCUGAGACAAACACCACUGAGUGUAAAAUACAACUCGAGCCACAUUUUUCUCCAGUAUCGUCAUCAAAACUGAACGAGCAAAUCCCAUAGUCAUUCGAGAGCAAUGGGUAAAGAAAAGAAGAAAGCUGACAAAAAAUCAGAAAAGUCUUCACCCGCUCCACCGAUCCUUGAGAUUUCAGAGACCAAGGGAAAUGAAAGUACUUUAAAACUGGAUAGUUCAUCAGUUAACCAGCUGGAAGAAGCCCAGUCCAAUCAAAAAACUCCCAAAGAUGAGCCAAAGCCAGAGAAACUGCAGACUGAAGAUGUCAUUCAGUACUACGACGAGCCCGUACUCACCAAGCUUAUUGUCGAACGCUAUGAAGGAGAAAAAGUCCACGGGCUGUAUGAAGGAGAAGGCAUUGCGUAUUUUCAGGGAGGCAACGUAUACAGAGGAACAUUUUCAGAAGGAAUCAUGCAUGGGCAAGGGAUUUAUAUUUGGGCCGAUGGAUUGAAAUACCAGGGGAACUUUAUUAAGAACAUGCCUAUGAGUUAUGGCGCUUACACCUGGCCGGAUGGCAGCAGAUAUGAAGGGGAAGUGAAGAACGGCUUGAGGCAUGGAUUUGGUUUGUUCAAAUGUGGUCCCCAGCCAAAAUCUUAUGUGGGCCAGUGGUGCCAAGGCAAGAGGCAUGGGAAGGGUUCCAUGUUUUACAACCAGUAUGGUACCUCUUGGUAUGAGGGAGAAUGGGUAAACAACAUCAAAAAAGGCUGGGGUGUGAGAUGUUACAGAUCUGGAAACAUUUAUGAAGGUCAGUGGGAAAACAACGUGCGCCAUGGUGAGGGAAAAAUGAGAAUGGUUGACAACAACGAAGAAUAGCACUGGACAUGGGUGAAUGGAAUUCAGAAUGGCUACGGAACACACACUUGGUUUCUGAAAAGAAUACUCAUCUCUCAGUAUCCUUUGAGAAAUGAAUAUGUGGGAAAUUUUGUAAAUGGAAAUCGUCAUGGUCAGGGAAAGUUCUGCUAUGCUAGUGGAGCAGUGUACGAUGGAGAAUGGGUUUGCCAAUUAAAAGCAUGGCUUGGGCAGAUUUACCUUCAAGAAUGGAGAUUAUCAGAAAUACUUGAUGGCAGUGAAAGUUCAUCUGUUUUAGGUUCAAACAUUGAACUAGACCUUUCUUUAUUGCUGGAAGUACCAGAGAACCAAAGCUGGGAAGAAAAGAAACAGGUAGAAUAUGCCAUCUUGAGAUGAUAUUUCAGAACUGAGGCGAAUUAUACAGUUUUUACAGCAGCCUAGGAUAUUGAUAAUUCUCUUGACAACACCUUCCUGAUGACAAAGCUUCAGUUCUGGAGAUUCCUAAAGGAUUGUAAAUUUCACCACUAUAUAACACUUGCGGAUAUGGAUAGGCUAUUGAAUGCCAAUAAAGCUCAAGUUGAGGAAAUUCACUUUCCAUUUGAAACUUUGCUACUGAGAACAUUUUUGAACUACCUCUUGCACCUGGCAUGCCACAUUUAUCACAAAGAGUACCAAACUGAAGACCCCUCUCUCUAUAAGUGUUUUACCAAAAUGAUGGUUGAAAACAUUAGCCCCAAUGCCUGCCAUGUCAAAGGCAAUUUGUUUUGUGAACAACAUCGAACAGUGUACUCAAUGACUUACAUUGAGAAAUGCUGGGAUAUUUACAUAGCUUAUUGUAGACCAAGACCUCUUCCCCCUUAUGAGCCUUCAAUGAAAAUGAGGCACUUCCUUUGGAUGCUGAAGGAUUUUAAAAUUAUAGACAAACAACUAACGGCCAAGAAGUUUGUGGAAAUCCUUGCAGAGGAUAAUCCUGAUGUAUAUGAUGGACUUGACAGCACCUUAGAACUAGAGAUCGUUUUUCUUGAAUUCUUUGAAGCUCUGAUAAGCUGUGCACUUAUCUGUGUUACUGAGGAGAUGAUUGAAGGUGAAGGAAACAAACCGGUGGAUGAUUUUACAGAAGGACUCAAACAUGCUAGUGGACAGCAGGCUCCUGACUGUGAUAAUCCUGUGGUGGCUUCACCCAUGUCCAAGGAAGCACUAACAGAAGAAAAGACUUCCAAGAUAAUUGGGAAAUCCAUAGUAAAAGCACCAUCUCUUUAUCAAAAUCAGACUGUUCGCUGUGUGAAAUUUGAUUCCCAUCCAAUGCUGCAACUGCUAGAAGUUGUCUCGAGAAUCAGACCCGAAGAUGAAAUUCUGAUCCCAUCUCACCCAACAAAACUGAAGCACAGAGCCAAGUAUAAAUAUGAAAACUCCAAAGACGAACAGAAAGAAACACUCAGUAUGUGGAUCACUCAGAUCCAUGUCUUUUUUGUCAAUAAGUUAUUUCAAGCAUAUAAGCAUGAAGAAAUCUUAAAGGAAAAAAUAAAGGAAAUCACUUUGCAGGAUGCAGAAAUAGCAAAGCAGAAGAAGGUAGAAGAUGAUGAGCUCGAAGCAAGACUUGUAACCCUAAGAGAGGAGGAGAUGAAGAGAGAAGAGGAAAUGGAGCCAAUCAUUUCAGUUUUUAAAGAAAACAUAGAAAACAUAAAUAUUCAGACAUCAGAUAGAGAAGAUGUACCGAUUCAACCCCAGACUAAUAUUAGCUGCAAGCUUCCUGCAGGUGGGAAGAAAAAGAAAAAGUAAAAUCAAUUGGUGAUAUGGUUAUACCAGAGUUAUAGGAGUCUGGGAAAGUAAUGUGGAAGUACAUUUACCUUCUAGUAAUGUAAAGAUGGAAAAUUACUGAACUAAAUAUCUUUUUUUCCAAACCAGUUUUUGAAAUAUAACUUUAAUAGCUCAACAGGCUAUGACUUUUAUGACCAGAGUGGCCAUAUUGUAUUAACUUGGGUUUAAGGAAAGAGAAUCCUUACUUUUAACUACACAAAAUAAAUUUGCUCUUGCAUCUUUGUUCACCAUUCAAA